GAGCUCAGAGAGAUCUCCCUGACAAACACAAACACUGCAACCACGCACAGCAGUUUGAGAGGCAGGAGAGCGAAAGGUCUCGAAAACCCAAGAGCGUCUGACAAGAUGAGCGACAGGAGAUCAGUGUACAACGAGCUGCGGCUGGAGCGUCAUUUCUGUGACGCCGUGAUCAGAGUGGACAGCGUUGAGUUUCACGUGCACAAGGUCAUCAUGUGUAACUGCAGCCCGUACUUCAGAGCUCUCUUUACCCACUGGUCUAUCCCAGAAUGCCAGGUCUUCGACAUUUCCAGCGUGUCACCUGACAUAAUGAGGCUCAUCAUUGAAUAUGCCUACACUGGCUUUGUUCCUGUGUCAGGCAACGUAAAGGAGCUGUUUGUAGCUGCAGACCAUUUCAGCGUAGCGGGCAUCGUGCAAGUGUGCACCGAGCUCUUGGAGAAGCAAAUGGACCCACAGAACUGCCUCGGCAUCUGGAAGUUCACGGAAAUAUACUACUACCCAGAACUGAACCGCAAGGCCUUGCUCUUCACGCUGCAUCACUUUGAGGAGAUCGUUGCCAACUCGGAAGAGUUCCUGCUGCUCUCCGUCCAGGAACUCGUUACAAUCAUUGAGAACGACCAGCUCAAUGUGAAGCAAGAGAAGACGGUGUACGAAGCCGUGAUUCGCUGGAUCGUCUUUGCACCUGAGCAACGUAAAGAAUACGCUGCGCUGCUUUUAUUCAAUAUCAGGUUGGCGUUGAUGAGUACAGAGUACAUCACUGAGAAGGUGAUUACCAACGAAGUGGUGCAGGCGUGUCAAGACUGUCAAAUGGUUAUCGUCAAGGCCUUGGAGGCCAUGGUCGACCUCCAGACAAUGGGCAUCUCCGGGUCUGUUUUCGGCAACCCUUUGGCCCGUCCGCGGCUGCCCUCUGCUGUCCUGCUGGCUGUCGGAGGCUGGGGUGACGGCACCUCCACCAACAGCAUCGAGGCGUACGACGUCAACGCUGAGAGCUGGGUCAGCGUGGCUAAUAAUGGCAUUCCCCGCGCCUACCACGGCGUCGCUUUCCUCCAUGGAUCGCUUUAUUACGUCGGUGGCUUCGAUGGUGAAGAGUACUUCAGCACGGUGCACAGGUUCGACCUGAGCACACACAUCUGGCACGAGCUGGGCCCGAUGCACUUUCGCCGCUGCUACGUCAGUGUGACUGUGAUGGACGGGUGCAUAUACGCCAUAGGAGGUUCUGAUGGGCACAACAGACUCAAAACUGCAGAGCGCUAUGACCCCGGAACCAACCAGUGGACGUUAAUUGCACCCAUGCACGAGGAGAGGAGUGAUGCCAAUUGCACCGUCCUCCAAGAGAAGCUGUACAUUUGUGGCGGCUUCAAUGGGGCUGAGUGCCUGUUUACAGCAGAGUGCUACGAUCCAAAGACCAACCACUGGACACUGAUUACCCCCAUGGACGAGAGGCGCAGUGGUGUUGGGGUCAUCACCUACGCAGACCACAUCUUUGCAGUUGGUGGUUACAAUGGAACCACCCGUCUGCGCUCCGUCGAGGCCUACAACCCUUACACCAACACCUGGCAAGCUUUGCCCUCCAUGCUGGGUCCCCGCAGCAACUUCGGCCUCUCAGUGAUCGAUGACCGCCUGUAUGCUGUAGGGGGCUUCAACGGCAUCUCCACCACCAAUAACGUCGAGUGCUUCGACGCCAACACCGGUGCGUGGUCCGCCGUCUGCAACAUGGGGAUGCCCCGCAGCGCACUGAGCUGCUGUGUGGUGAGCGGCCUCGACAACAUGGUGAAUUACACUGCCCCGCGCUUCUCCGCACAAUUCUCCAGCGAGGAGGAGUUGGAGUCAUGAAGACCCGUCUGAAAGCAACCGGCUCUGUCCUGUAAAUAAAUGUCUUUGUGCAUCAAA